UUGGGUGUGUUGUCAUUUAUUAAGCUCUAACAGGCGGAACAGUGCAGUCGAUGACAGCUGACGUGAGAAACCAAGACCGGGACAUGCUAACAGACUGAGACUGGAGCCCGAAGGUUCGGCUGGUCCGGUGGGCGUCUCAGAGUUGGAUGAAGGAUGAAGAGUCCGGUGCACAGAUGCAGAGAUGUGGAGCACGGGCGCAGGCAGCCCAUUGCCAACUGCCUUCAGCCAGAGCAGCGCAUCCCAAUCCCCAAAGAUGUCAUCACUUCCUCCUCCGCCUCCGCCAUGUGGUUCAUCAGGGAUGCCUGCGGCAUUGUGUGCGCUGUCAUCACGUGGCUGCUGGUGUUGUACGCAGAGUUUGUGGUGCUGUUUGUAAUGCUGCUGCCAACCAAGAAUCUCCUGUACAGCAUCGUGAACGGGACUGUGUUCAACAGUCUGGCCUUCCUGGCACUUGCCUCACACCUCAGGGCCAUGUGCACGGACCCUGGGGCGGUACCAAAAGGGAAUGCUACGAAGGAGUAUAUAGAAAGCCUUCAGCUGAAGCCGGGACAGGUGGUCUACAAAUGUCCCAAGUGCUGCAGCAUCAAGCCGGACCGAGCGCACCACUGCAGUGUUUGCAAACGCUGCAUCCGUAAGAUGGAUCAUCACUGCCCCUGGGUCAACAACUGUGUCGGCGAGAACAACCAAAAGUACUUUGUUCUUUUCACUAUGUACAUCGCCCUGAUCUCUCUCCACACUCUGGUUAUGGUGGUUUUCCAUUUCCUCUACUGCUUUGAAGAUGAUUGGACCAAGUGCAGCACCUUCUCUCCUCCAGCAACAGUCAUCCUCCUCAUUCUGCUGUGCUUUGAGGGCCUCCUCUUCCUCAUCUUCACCUCUGUGAUGUUCGGCACCCAGGUCCACUCCAUCUGUACCGACGAGACCGGCAUAGAGCAGUUGAAAAAGGAAGAGAGAAGAUGGGCUAAAAAAACUAAGUGGAUGAACAUGAGGACGGUGUUCGGACACACGUUCUCCUUAUUGUGGUUUAGCCCCUUCUCCACGCCUGACCACGGGAAGGCUGAGACCUAUCAGUACGUGGUGUGACAGCUCAGCCCCACGGGACAAAACCAAAUUGGGAAGGGCGAGAGGAGCGGGGCCCGUCCCGACGCCACGGCCCAGCGAUGACGGCCGAUGCUGAACGUGACUUCUGUGGACGGCGCCUCGGCUGCCUUCUGUCUGUGUUGGCCGUUACAGGAACUACACGUUUAUUUUCACUUUGCUUUCGAUAAGCCGUCGAGUUGCAGAGAAAAAGAAACAGCUUGUGAAUCCUGUUUGCAACCAC